AUGAGCGGACUCGGAAUCAUGAACCCGGGCGGCGCAGCCAUCCUCCCGCGCGCGAGCCCUAGCCUGCCGAACCUCAAGGCCGCGCCACUCACAACGGCGGACGCUUCUGCCUUUGCCCACGGCUGCGGGCGGAAAGACUGCUUCCACGACGCAACAUCAGCGGACUGCGAGCUGCACAGCACCAUCGUGCGAGACAUCAUCAGAUCGCGGCGCGAGGAGCGGAGGGCGAGACUGCAGCAACGGCACCGGACGCAGAGCAGCAGCGACGAGGCGGCGGCCAUGGCUGCCGCAGCCGCCGCCGUGUCGGCGAGCCGGAGCGUGACGCCCCUGACGAGGCAUCUGAGCCAGAGCAGCAAGCCCGACACGAGUCCGCGGUCAACCAUGUCUUUCGAUAUGUCGCCGUGCGUGUCGCCGCUGAUGGAGGAUCUCUUGCUCGAGGUCACGGACGCGAUUGAGAGCAGCGGCUUGCCCCCUCAAGUCACAAUGGGUUCGCAGUCGGGGUCUGGGUUUGAGAUGGACGAUAUUUUCAGGCUUAUUGAGGAGGCUCAGAGGGAAUAUGGAAGUCUCACAGAACCACUUGCUGCUGCAUCGACAAGGUUCAAUGUGGCGGCAGAGCCUGGAUGGAUGAGGGAAGACUGCUGGGGUACAGUGAUGGGCCAUUCAUAG